AUGAAGGUCGCUGUUGUCGGAGGCGGCCCCGCGGGCCUCGCCACGCUCAAGUUCCUCGCCACGGCGCACCUCUUUUUUGCGAUUCCGCCGCUCGACGUGCGUCUCUUUGAGGCCGGGGACGACAUUGGCGGGACGUUUGUGCAGCGCGUCUACGAAGACGCCGAGCUCGUCUCAUCCAAAUACCUCACCGCCUUCUCCGACUUUCGUCUGCCCCUCGACGCCCCCGACUUUGUCACGCCGGCCGUGUACGUGCAGUACCUGCGGGCCUACGCCACCCAUUUCAAUCUGUGGCCGCACAUCCACCCGCGCGCCCGCGUCACGCGCAUCGUCCGCCGGCCGGCCGCCGGGCACAGCGUGGAAAUCAGCCGCGCCGCGGAGUCGGGCGCUGCCGUGGUGGAGACGUGGGACUGCGACGCCGUGGCGCUGUGCACCGGCAUCAACGUGUGUCCGCGCCUCCCGGACGAGAUCCCCGGGCUCGCGCGCGUGCCGACCGUGCUGCACUCGUCGCAGGUCAAGACGCGCGCGCAGAUGGGCGAGGGCACGCACGUCGUCGUCCUCGGCGCCGGGGAGACGGGCAUGGACAUGGCGCAUCUGGCCGUCACGGCCCCGACGGCGUCGGUGACGCUGUGUCACCGCGAGGGCUUCUUUUGCGCGCCAAAGAUUAUACCGAUGCCGACACCCGGGGGACGUCCCGCGCCCGCCGGCACCCGCCCGAACAAGCCGGUCGACACCUCGGUCGCAAGCCUGUUCGACACGGCGUACGCGCACCCGCUGCUGCAGCGCGGGCCGCUCCUGUGGGCUGCAUAUGACUGCUGGGUGCGCACGAUGCACUGGUGCAUCUCGGGCACCGAGGAGGGUCCGGACCAAUGGGUCGGGCAGAUGAGCAAGGAGCGCAAGCACCUCGAUUCCCGCACGUUCUCCUUUCUCUCGUUGUUCUUCAUGUGCAAGUCGGACCGCGCGCUGCCGUACCUGUCCGCCGGCCACCGCUCCACCUCUCUGCUGCAGCGGCUCCGCGCGCGGCUGCUCAACGUGCCGCUGGCGCCGAACCACGGGCGCACCAUCACCGUGCACAAGUGGCCGUCGCACAUUGACGCGGCCGGCACGAUGCACUGUCCGUCGCCGGGCCGGGCCGUCAAGCCAGACGUGGUCAUCCUCGCGACCGGCUACACGACCAGCUUCCCGAUGCUCGACCACACGCGGGGCGCGUACCCGUCGCUCGGGGCGUGCACGGCGCGGGGCAUCUACCGGGCCGACAGCCCGGACGUGGCGUACAUUGGGUUCGUGCGGCCGAGCAUCGGGGCGAUCCCGCCGCUGGCCGAGCUGCAGGCGCAGCUGUGGGUUCUGCGGCUGCUGCAGCGCUUCUUCCCGCGGGACGUGCCGCCGCCGACGGGCGCGGCCGCGGGCGCGGACGCGGUGGCGCCGUACGAGCUCGACUACAAGCUGCACCCGCGCGCCGGCUACGACCUGCACGCCGACAAACGGGGCGUCGACCACGAGAGCUACGCGUACCAGCUGGCGCUCGACAUGGGCGCGGCGCCGACCUGGACGUGCGUGGCGCGCAAGGGCGGCUGGCGCUGCUUCUACGCCUGGGCCAUGGGGUCCAACUUCAAUCCCAAGUUUCGCCUGGUUGGCCCGUGGAGGGACGAGGCCGUGGCCGUCGGCAUCAUGCGCGGGGAGCUGUACGACGUGGUGAAGCGCUCGGGUGGGCUCGUGUAUUUGGUCACGUACUCGCUGAUACCGCUGCUGGUGUUUGGUACGAUUAGUGUCGCUCUCUAUGCGAUGUGUUGGAUCGCGGCGCUGCCGGACAAGGCGCUUGCGGGGGCCAGGCGCGUCCUUGGUCUGAAUGGGAACAACAACGAGGCCAAAUUGGGCAAGGUUAUGGAUUAG